AUGUCCAGCAACAGCAGUACCGUCAAAGUCGCCGCUAUUCAGGCCGAGCCUGUCUGGAACGACCUGCAGGGCGGCGUUGCCAAGGUCAUCAGCCUCAUCCAGGAGGCUUCUGGCAACGGCGCCAACGUCAUUGGGUUCCCAGAGGUCUUUAUCCCUGGCUACCCAUGGAGCAUCUGGGCAAACUCUCCCACGGAUAAUGCGCCGUAUAUGAAUGAGUACUUCCAGAACUCUUUGGAGAGGGAGUCCCCCGAGAUGGACCGCAUUCGGGAUGCUGUUCGUGAGGCUGGAGUGUUUAUUGUGCUGGGAUAUAGUGAGAGAUACAAGGGAACUCUCUACAUUGCUCAGUCUUUCAUUGACGAGACUGGUACCAUUGUUCACCAUCGCCGCAAGAUCAAGCCCACCCACGUGGAGCGAGCCAUCUAUGGCGACGGACAGGGCGAGUCGCUCAAGACGGUCGUGCCCUCCAAGUUCGGCCGAAUUGGAGGACUUAACUGCUGGGAGCACAGCCAGCCGCUUCUGCGAUACUACGAGUACUCGCAGGAUGUCGAUAUUCAUAUCUCCAGUUGGCCUUCCAUUUUCCCUCAGCACAAUCCCGGGUGGCCCUACCACAUUGUUCCAGAGACAUGCAAGAACUUCUCCAAUAUCCUGUCUCAGGAAGGGGCAUGCUUUGUUGUCCUAGCGAGUCAGAUCCUCACCGAGAAGAGCAAGGAGGCGGCCAACGUUCAAGGUUACGCUUACACGGAAAAGAGUGGUGGUGGCUUCAGUACCAUCUUUUCACCAUUUGGACAGGAACUUGUCGAGCCACUUAAGCCUGACGAAGAGGGUAUCCUGUAUGCUGAUGUUGAUAUCAAGGAGAAGUACAAGGCGAAACAGAACCUUGAUACUGUUGGACACUACUCUCGCCCAGAUCAACUGAGCCUUCGGGUCAACACGCACGCCUCGACACCAGUCUUUUUCGCCAACGAUCUCUGA